AUGGCUGAGUUGCGUCGGCUGGUGGAAGUGAUCUUCAAGUGGAAGCUGGGAUAUGGCGCUUCCCUGGAACGACAAAGCUACAUCGAGAUUCUUCAAGAUAUUGGUGUCACAUUGCAGGAGGCCCAAUUCCUUCUGCAGGAGUACCCAGAAGACUCGUGGAUUGGUGUGAAAGACUUCCUGGAGAUUUUCUUCACUUCUGAGGCGCCGAAAGAAGAGCAUUCUACUUCUACGCCAAACCAGGUGAAGGGUGACAAGGCCAGUCUCAAAGAAUAUUUUGAGAAAGGCUACAAGCAAGGUCUUGUUUUCGAUCAUGACGAGUACCAGCAUGACGCGGAAGACUGGUGCUGGGUCCAUACCAAACUGGGCGUGAAGGUCUGGCAGGAUGCCGUCGACAUGACUCAAGCCAGUGGUGCCGCUAAUAUACAAUGCUUGUUCCACUACACCAGUGAGCUUGGCUUUAAGAACAUAGUGGACGCGAGAAAGUCAGUGGUCGAAGUCUUCGCCUCUCUGAUAACGACGGGUGAGAAGGCCAACGCCUGGUGGGGAAGAGGAGUUUACUCGGUGCAGAAGUCCCCAGAUGAGUGGCCAAGCAUCGAAGCACUCAUUGACAACAACUACCGCAAUAUGCUCAAGAGGGACAGCGACUUGAGGGGUCGUGAGGCAGCUGUGGAGGAGUACAGGUCAAGGGUUGCCUUCUGUAUACCUAUCUUGGUCGAUGAAUCCAUCGCCUAUGAUGUGUCCAAGAGACAAACGCCGGAAAUGGUCGAAAAGGGGCUGACUUCGCCUAGGAACCUAGCUGGAAAGCAGCUCAACGAAGAUGGUAUGCCACCUCGACAAUGUAUCGUCGUCCGAGCAGAACGGGCGGAGAAGGUUGGCAACGCCAGUGCAGUGCUGGUGGAAUCGCUCCGCUGCCGCGCCGAAGCUAUCAAAGAGAAACUGGGAUCAGAACAUUCUGAAGCGCUCAAGGCGUUAAGCCGGCUGGCGAUCGUGCUGACGGCGCGCGGUGACUUGGCUGAGGCGGAGAGGCUGCAGCGGCACGUGCUGGAGGCCUACGAAGCGCAGCGAGGCAAAGAAGAUCCGGAGACCCUCAGGGCAGUGAACGGUCUGGCGAUCACGUUGAAAUUCGCCGGGAAGCAGAUGGACUCCCUGGCAUUGUUCAGACAAGCUUUGGCCGGACGUGAGGCUCAGCUUGGACCGGUGCAUGUAGAAAGCCUGGCGUCAGUGUUCAAUCUCGGACGGGCCUUGUUGGAUCUGGGCAAGCUGGAAGAGGCUGAACUUGUUUGCAGAAGAGCUUUGGCAGGGUGUGAAGCUGAGCUUGGGGCGAUGCACCCCGCCACCUUGGCUUCACUAGACAGCCUUGGCGGGUUGUUGAGCAAGCAGAGGAAGUUGGAGGAUGCUGAAGUGCUUUUUAGACGGGCGUUGACCCGAACGGAAAGUCAGGUUGGAGAGAUGCAUCCGGACACCCUCACUUUAGCCAACAACCUUGCAAAUGUGCUACUGGAUCAGGAGAAAUUGGAGGAUGCGGAAGCGCUUUACAGACGAGCGUUGGCAGGAUUUGAGGCUGAGCUUGGAGCGAUGCAUCCGGAGACCCUGUUUCCAGUGCAUGGCCUUGCAGUUUCCCUACGGAAGCAGGGCAAGCUCGAGGAGGCUGAGCUGCUUCAGAGAAGAGCUCUGACCGGACGUCAGAUGCAGCUCGGGGCCAUGCACCCAAGCACGCUGGCCUCCGUUGGGCAUCUUGCGAAGCUUUUGGAGGUCAAAGGCUGCCUGGCCGAGGCGGAAGAGCUCUAUGUCAGGGAGUUCCAGGGCCUGGAGGAGCUCCACGGCCCUGACGACGAGAAGACGCGCCGCAGCCGGCGACGGCUGAAGCGAUUCCGACGGAAACACGCCCGAGUGGUGAGACUAGUCUUCACGGAGGGACGGAGGAGCGCAUCCACUUCGGCUGCCGUGAUCUCCCAGACCCGGACGUGGGACAUCGCGGGACUGGGCAAAGCGGAGAGGCUGCCAUGGCUGCAGCGCCACUGCACCGGUGCACCGCGCGGUGGAGAUCUCUUUGAAACCCGAUCGCUGGCGGAAGUGCCCCGCAUCGAUGGCUACGAGGCGAGUGAGGCGACGCGGGUUUCGCCGGUGUAUCGCCAUCAAAACCCAUUUGUGAAAACGAGUGGUGGUGGAUCGAUGGCCCGACAGCAUCGAUCAGCGUGGUCCAAGACUUACGAGAAGCGCCCAUUGCAAACGAUGCUUUGGUACCAGGUCAAUGGGAUGACUUUGCAGGAGAAGGAUGAGUUUGUCGCGCUUUUGAACCAAGCGACCUGCCAGUGUCUUCAUGAGGCAAUCCGCGUGCGUCUUGCAAAGGCUGCAUCCAUACACCCGUGGAAGGAGGACGAGUUUGACGCCCGGAUCAAGGAGAUUUUUGAGAUGUUUCAGGAGCCCACAGACUCAGCUGUAAUGAAGGCCUCGCACUUGGGGGACGCCAUGCGGAUGGCUCAGAUGAACCCCACAGACUCAGAGGUCUCCAAGGUCAUGGCGGACCUUGGGAAUUUGGAGAGCUUGACGCUGCCAUUGUUGAAGAGGGUCAUGAAGGACCAGAUCGCUCAGUGGUCAUCAAGAGACCAGGUACAGGAACUCUUUGGUUGCUUCGAGCAGUUCGACCCAGGGAAGACAUGCUUCCUGUCCCGGCACACCCUCAUGGACGUGAUGCGGAGCGGUGGCAAUCAAUUCUCGGAGGAGAUGCUGGAGGGCAUGCUGGAGGAUGUCCCGUCAACUAGCGAAGGCUACGACUAUCGACGGAUCAUCGCGGCCCUCUUGGGGCCUGAGGUGAAGAAAGGUGAGAAAAGUGAUGGGAGUGAUGCUGAGAAAGCGGAGUUGGAGGAUCAGCAGGAGCAGCAAGGCGCGAGCAGCGAGAGAGAAGAAGAAUCCGAGACCAGUACUCCUGUGCAGGACACCAAGAUGAAGCCAACCUGGGAGCGAAGGAGGAAGAGGUUCUGGAACAGAGUCAGGCACAAGCCAGCGUGGGAGAGGGGCACGUGGCGAAACUUUUACCUUCCUCUGAGGUUCAGGUGCAAAGUGCCAAGAGAUGAGCACUUCGCCAGUCUAAAAGAUUACUUUGAGAAGGGCUACAAGCAAGGUCUUGUUUUUGAUCACGACGAGUACCAGAAUGACCCGAAAGCGUGGUGCUGGGUCCACACCAAGUUGGGCGUCAAGGUUUGGCAGGAUGCCCUGGACCUGACUCAAGCCAGCGGUGCCAGUGAUGUGCAGUGUUUUUUCCACUACACCACUGAGCUUGGCUUUAAGAACAUCACGGAUCUCAGAAAGACAGUGGUAGAAGUCUUUGCUUCUCUGAUAACGAGGGGUGAGAAGGCCAACGCCUGGUGGGGACAAGGAGUUUAUUCUGUGCAGAGGCCGCCAGAUGAAUGGCCAAAUAUCGAAGCACUCAUUGACAACAACUACCGCAAUAUGCUCAAGAGGGACACCGAAAGGAAAGGUCGUGAGGCAGCUGUGGAGGAGUACAGGUCAAGGGUUGCCUUCUGUAUACCUAUCUUGGUCGAUGAAUCCAUCGCCUAUGAUGUGUCCAAGAGACAAACGCCUGAAAUGGUCGAGCAGGGGAAUCCCGUUGGUGUGAAUUUGGCUGGAAAGCAGCUCAACGAAGAUGGUAUGCCACCUCGACAAUGUAUCGUCAUCCGACCAGAAAGGGCGGAAGAGGUUGGCAACGCCAAUGCAGUGCUGGUGGAAUCGCUCCGCUGCCGCGCUGAAGCCAUCAGAGAGAGCCUAGGCUCGGAGCAUUCCGACAGUCUCAAGGCAUCAAGCCGGCUGGCGAGGGUGCUGACUGCGCGUGGUGACUUCGAGGAGGCGGAGCCACUGCACCGGCGAGUGCUCGAGGCCUACGAAGCGCGGAAUGGUGCCGAGGAUCCGGAGACCCUCACGGCGGUGUACAAUCUGGCAUUCACGUUAGGCUUUGCAGGGAAGCUGGCGGAGGCAGAGGCCUUGUCCAGACGAGCGUUGAGGGGACGUGAGCGUCAACUGGGAUUAAUGCAUGUGGACACCCUGGAGAGUGUGAACAAUCUUGGUUGGGUCUUGAAGGCGCAGGAGAAGCUAGGAGAGGCAGACACACUGUACCGGAGAGCGCUAGAAGGACGCAAGAUGCAGCUUGGAGCCAGGCAUCCUGAUACCCUGCAAUCACUCAACAAUCUUGCAGGCUUGGCAAAGAAUCAGGGUAAGUUGGAAGAGGCUGAAUUGCUUUACAGGAGAGUUUUAGAAGGACGUGAGGUGCAGCUUGGCCGGAUGCAUCCUACCACCCUAGCUUCUGUGAACAACCUUGCGGUAUUGCUACAGGACGAGGGGGAGCUGGAAACGGCUGAGCUGCAUCACAGGAGGGCCUUGGAAGGAUUUGAACUGCAGCUCGGAUCUCGCCAUCCGCACACCCUGCGCUCCGUUUGGAAUCUCGCGAAGCUUUUGGAGGCGAAAGGCUCCCUGGCCGAGGCGGAAAAGCUCUAUCUCAGAGAGCUGAAUGCCAUGAAGGAGCUCCGCCCUGACCACGAGGAAACCGAGGCGAGCCGUCAAAACCUGCAGCGCUUCCAGCAGCACUUGGCCCAGCUGAGGGCUCUUGGAAGAGCUCCCGCAGCGCAUGCUGAGAAGGCGUACGGUGACUGA